CUCGCGAGAGCGAAAGUGAGGCGUGGUCAGAGUCGACUAUAAAAGGCAUCCCCUGCUCACGUGACUCCUCUCCGGCCGAUCGCCGCCAUCAUGGACACGAGUCGCGUGCAGCCCAUCAAGCUGGCUAGGGUAACCAAAGUGCUUGGCAGGACCGGUUCGCAGGGACAGUGCACGCAGGUGCGAGUGGAAUUUAUGGAUGACACCAGCCGCUCUAUCAUCCGAAACGUCAAAGGCCCUGUUCGAGAGGGUGACGUUCUCACCCUAUUGGAGUCAGAAAGAGAAGCUCGAAGGUUGCGCUGACCUUACUGCUGGGUUCUGGAUAUCCACUACUUAGCCCACGGAAUGCCUGCAACUGUUAAAUAAAGCAUUUGUAUUCA